UCAUCCCAAACGCAAAACGCAAAACGCAAAACGCAAAAUGCAGAAGCAAACGUGGCGGUUGUUGUUGUGGUGGUUAAGUCGGUAGUUCAGGAGAGAGAGUGGGAUGCGAUCCCUUUCGCUUGGUCAGUGGUUCAAGAAACGUACAAUUACAGUUUACAAAGAUGAGGAGGACCGGCACUCUCCUCGUCUCCCUCAUCCUCUUCCUUAUAUUCCCACUUCAGUCAAUUCUUGCUUUUAAUUCUUCCACCACCCAAAUCUUGCAGGAUGUGUUAAAGAAAAUAUCGGCCAAGCACAAGUGGUAUUUGCAGGACAUCAGGGUUUCGAGGUUGGAUGCCAGCAGGGUUCGCUUCGGGAGCGCCCAGCGAUAUGAGUUCCGGGUCGGAUUCGGGAAGAUCCCCGUAGGGGUCUUGUUCUCCGACGACGUCUCUUCCUGGAAAAAGUUCAGGCAACCCAGAACCCAUUUCGGCUCUCUCGUUAAGGAGCUCAGCUCCAUGGCUGUAGUUGACACCUUCAAAGUGGAGGGUCCCUUUGAGUUACGGGUCGGCGGCACCCAUCACUUCUCCCUUUCAUUGCCGAUGAACACUACAUACAGUGGGUUUAAAAGGGUUCUUGUUGGUAAAGGCAUCACUGUUGAAGUAAGUGGAGCUAUAGAAGUCUCUGUGUUUCAUGCAUCUGAUCUUGGUUUAUCAUCAAAGGGAAGUGGUGCAAUUGGCAAGGAGAAAAGUGAGUUUUGGCCUAUUUGGCAUUCGUACUGCACACCAUUAUUUCCUAUUCGUGUUUUAGGGCCUGCAACGUUGGUUGCAUACAAGACUCGAAAUCCUGAUGCCCACAUUGAGACCAAAUUUAUGUCCAAGGAGAUAAUUGAGUUCUUGCCAGAGAAGUGCUACAGAAGCCAUGCUUACAAGAAGCGGGCUUGCCCCAUUGAUUCUCUACGUUCGAGGAUAUCUAUGCUGGAAAGAAUUUGGAAAAGCUUUCUUGGUGAUAGAAUUCGCCAAAGCGGUUUGUCAGGAUUUGUUGAAGGGAAAAUCAAAGCUUCAACUGUUGUCCGUUUCAAGGUUGAGCUCGAAAGGGAAUUUCGGAGGAAUGGUGCACUCCGGGGCAAGGCAGGAUGGAGAACUAGGCCCGCUGUUGAACGGGUUUGGUUUGAAGUUUUGGCAAGAGUGGAAUUUGGGAGGGUGAAGCCUCUCUUGGUUAAAAAGAUUAGGCCCUUCAUUGUAGCAGAUUCGGUUGCGUGGAGUAGUUUGAUGUCCAAUAUUUCCUUCACCAAGUCCUCAUCUGUCCUUGUACCUUCUGAGGCGCUAACGUUGGAUGUGAAGUGGUAGAGUAAACAUGUUGUAACGUAGUACUCUUGUUUGAGAAUGUUUUACAGAUUAAGGCGGCAAGGGGUUGUCUGUGUCCUUGCCCUUUCUCGGGAUGAUGGAUGAAACAGUACAUGUCAAUUGGUAAAUAACCCUCUUAACUGGUCUUGUAAAUAGAUUGUUCAUUGAAAAGAAACAAACGUUACACAGAAGUUUGAU